GAUGAACUUGUGGGAAGGCGAAUUUACGGAAAAGAUUUUACACGUUUUUUUACAAAUGUUUGCGUUAUUUCAUUAAUAUGUACCCGUGAAUUAUGUGAUUUAGUUUAAAAUUCAAGUGUAACUAAUUUAUUAUCGUUAAAUCAAGUUGUAGUGAUUUAAAAAUUGUGUUUAAAACCAGUGCAUUUCCGUCAAUUGCAUCUGCACCUUUAGAGAUAAACACACCGUAGCUUCAUCCACACUUCAUCACCAAAAUCGACGAAAAAAAAUAUAAAAAAAACAUAGUCUGCAAGACUUUAAACUGCUUGUGAUAUAAUUUAUUUUUAAAUUAAGAACUGCAUUUCAAAUGAAAUAGAAUUUAAAAUUCUACCAAUACUCAACCGACAAGAAACUGACAUAGAUUAUUUGACAGAACCUAAAAUAGGUACCAACUUAUUGACCAAGGAGAUUUUAUGUGGAUAAAAUAAAAAAUGAAGGACAGUAUGAAAACUUGCCAGCACAGUUUGUCAGACGACAUAGUUUACAAAGAAGUGGUUAUUAUCGGUAAUGGUCCGAGCGGUAUGGUGACGUCAUUCAUGCUCGCGGGCAACGUGCCAUACCUGAAACAGGUGCCCGAAGAUCUGCCCAUCGAUGAGAUGCUCAGAGCCAGACUGUCACAUCUCCAGCCAGGGAAGAACUUGUACGAGACAGACCUCAUAGAACUCGCAGAGGGUUUGGAGGGACGCAGCCAGAACCCCAUACCUCUACUGAUGGACAAUCUUCUCAGGCCGUGUGCAGAUCUCGGCAUACAAGCAGACUCGCUCAUCGAAUGGAAGUUCGACAUAGAAAAACAGAUAGACCACAUAGUGCUAGGGCGCGGUCCGCCGGGCGGCGCGUGGCACACGUUUCCGCCGAGCGUGCGCACGCUGUCGCCGGGCGCCUGGCUGGCGCUGCCGCCGCACGCCGCCGCCGGCGCCGGCCGCCUCUCCGCGCGGGCCGUCGCCAAGUACUGUCGCCGCUACGUGCACGCUUGUGGAUUACAGCGCUAUUUCCGCAACAACGUGCUGGUGACCCGCGUGAGUGUGUUCCGGCCGAGCGGGCCGCCGUGCGCGUCUGCAUGCCCGCUCAACGCCGCCUUCAGCGUAUACGGCUACGACGCGUCGUGCGGCCGCGCGUUCCGCUACGUGUGCCGGCGCGUGGUGCUGGCGGCCGGCGCCGGCGACCGGCCCAACACGCUGGAGCCGCGCCUGGCGCCGCACGCCAGCCACGCGCUGCACCACAUCGAGCGCGCGCUGCACGUCCUCGCUAACUACACGGGCGCGCCCCCCGGCGUGCUGGUGGUGGGGUCGGGCGUGUCGGCGGCCGACGCCGUGUGCCUGGCGCGGCGCGCGCGCCUGCGGCUGCACCACGCGCACCGCGCGCGCGCCGACGCGCUGGCGCGCCUGGCGCCGCAGGCCUACCCCGACUACUGCCAGGUGUACAAAAUGAUGUGCGACGGCCCCGCGGGCAACCAUCCGAACUACACCUCCCACCCCGAACACAUAAUAGUCGACAUCACCCCCAUUGACAACCAGAACACACAAGAAUAUGAAGACAGCGCUCUCCGCCUCAAAAGGGUGACCCUCCUCAACCUAGUCACAAACGAAACCACAACCAUCACCGUCAACCUCAUAGCAGUGCUCAUCGGCUCGAAACCAGACCUAUUCUUCCUCCAAACAAACUUCAACCUUGACUGCAUAGACAUAAAGUGCCUCAAAUGCACAGAAGAAACAAAACACGCAGCCAAAAGGAAAAUCGAAGACACACAGCGACAAUGCUUCUUGAAAAACCACUGGUAUUAUUUAAAAUCCGUCUUAGGUCAAAGCAUUCAAAGUUGCAAAUCCAGAUACCUAAAUUAUACAGAAAUUAAUGGGAAUAGUGAUACAAAAUGUAUUGUCCCGGAUUGUAACAAGAGGGAGAAGGAAAAUACAGUUGAGAACGGAAUGAAAGAGGAUAAAGACUGGUCAUGUGAAAUCAUUCCGUACUCUGAAAUAGAGAAUAAAAUUAAAUGCACCUGUCAACAGAACCCUUAUUCCAGCGGCAUUGGGUUUGGCAUUGACCCUAAAAAGCCAGUGGAUGGUAGAUCAAACCCUAUAGCCAUUGACAAAAGUACUCAUGAGCUACUGAACGGUCCAAAGGGCUUAUAUGCUCUUGGCCCCCUCACAGCAGACAACUUUGUCCGAUUCAUACCAGGUGGAGCAUUAGCUAUAGUGGCCAGUAUACAUAAGGAAAGUAAGUCCGAAUGAUACUAACACCCGCAUAAUUGUGAUUUGCAAUACUUAAUUUUGUUUAUUUUGUAUUACAAUAAAUUAUUUUUUAUACCCCUA